AUGAAUAAAACUAAUUAUUCGAUUAUUUACUAAAUCAUAAUAUUCCUUCAUCAUUUACAAAUUAAGAAUGUAAUUAAAAUAGAAUAAAUAGUUUAUAUAUUUAUGAAGAAAUGUUGUACAUAGUAAUAACUCAAUUUACAUCUGUUAGAUUAAUUAUUUUAAAUAGUAUGGUAUAAUUUUUAGGAGAGUACUCUUUAGAUUUAACAAAUCUAGAAUAUAUUCAAUUAACACUUGAUUCAGAAUAAAUCGUUAUUCUAUAUUCAUUUACUGGAUCUUAGAGUUGAAACUUAAGAUUAUACAAUAUUUAAUUUUAGAUCUUACUCAAAUAAGUCAAUUAUUUAAGAGGUGAUUUGA